AAUCUGCUGUACCAGGUGCUCCCAACAAGAGCUAUUGGGAGGUGUCAGUGACCUGGACAUGAUUUCCACAAGGGUGAUGGACUUUAAGCUCCGGGAGGCCGCAGAAGGCCUUGGGGAGGACAGCACAGGAAAGAAAAAAUCCAAAUUCAAGACAUUUAAGAAGUUCUUCGGGAAGAAGAAAAGAAAGGAAUCUCCUUCCUCUACAGGAAGUAGCACCUGGAAACAAAGUCAGGCAAAAAGUGAGGUCAUUGCCAUUGAGUCAGGGCCAGUGGGCUAUGACUCAGAGGAUGAGCUUGAGGAGUCCAGGGGCGCACUGGGCAGCCGCGCCCUCUCACAUGACAGUAUUUUCAUUCCUGAGUCGGGACAGGACCCGCCUCGGCCUGUGCGGGUGUUCUCCCAAGAAAACGUGUGUGACCGGAUUAAGGCUCUGCAGCUAAAAAUACAGUGUAACGUGAAAGUGGGGCUGCCACCUCCUCCAGGGAGCCUUCCUGCCAAGCGGGGAGAUGAUGCCGGCAUGAGUUCUGAGGAUGAUGGGCUGCCCAGGAGCCCCCCAGAGAUGUCCCUUCUGCACGACAUCGGUCCCAGCACAACCAUAAAGGUCUCUUUGGUUUCCUCGUCCCGGCCGCCCUCUCCAGAGCAGGUCUCCUCCAGGCACACGAGUGAUGUCCCCAUCCUUCCCCGGACCUUGAACAGCAGUGUGGCACCUGUGGCUGAUUUCAGUCACCCCCCAGAAUUCUCCUCCUGCCUGGACAAUUCUGCGGCUAAGCACAAGCUCCUGGUUAAGCCCCGCAACCAGCGGUCAAGCAAAAUGAGGCGCCUGUCUUCGCGGGCACAGUCUGAAUCCCUGAGUGACCUGACCUGCACCCCCGAGGAGGAGGAAUCAGAUGAGAAGCCACUACUCACGCUCAGCUCCGGGGAGGAACCCAGUGCUGGGCAGCAGGGUGUGGUCCUGGAUAGAGGCCCUGAGCCCAGGGGACCAGCCGCCAUGCUGCCACCCGGGGGGACCCGUGCCAGACGGGCACGCCUGCAGCACUGCCUGGCCCUCAGUGCCAGUGCUGAGGAAGAGAGCUCUCCUGGGGACACGUCCAGCCGCCCAGCUACCCCGGAGGUCGCGGAGCCUGUGUCCGGCCCAGCCCCCUGCUUGGAGUUUCCCCUGCUGGCAGAAGGCUCCCUGUACCCUGGGCCCAAUGGCAGAAGUCAGAGGGAGGAGCUGUCCCUUAAAAGCACAUGUCCGCUACCUGAGGACAUAGCUGAUGAGGUGGUCUGUGUUUCUGGAGAUGCCGAGACUUUGUUAUCGCCCCACGUCCCUGAGGAAGACACGACACCUCCUGGGACCAACCCCACUAUCGUCUUAGAGACGCCCCCUGGUCUAGACGGGCCAGACCACGAUGCACAGAGGGAGGCGGAGCUGACACUGGCGGUGCCCAUUCCAGAGGCAGCGGAGACAGAAUGUUCUGAGGACCACGCCCCAAGCCUCCCAGCCCCCAAGAGCUGCUUAAAGCACAAGGCGCUGGUAGCAAGCAGGAGCCUCAGUGUGUCCCUGACCCCACCCACCUCAGAGUCCUCUUUAGAGGAGCCCACCCCCUGUGCCCUGGACAAAGAAGCCACCCCCCAAGACUCCCCUGUGGCCGAACAAGCCGAGUCCCCACAGAGGGGGCCUGAAAAGGAGGCACCGGAGCAUAAAAUGGGGAGGGGAGGUAGCGAGCCACGGGGCGUGAAGAAGUUCUCUGUGUCCUCUGGCCGGGCAUGGCCACGCACAGGCCACAGAGGACGGCUGGGGCACCCUGGUCCUGUGGGCCCCACUGCUGUCCCUUCCACUAUCCGGCUGCCCCUACUGAGGAGCAGCCUGGCCUGGAGGAGCGAGGCCGCCCUCGAUGACCUCCAGGUGCUUCCAGAGUGCCAGAACCAAAAACUGGACCCUCAGGAGCUGCCUUCACCAGCUGAGUGUGGCUCUCAGGACUCAGGGAACAGGGUGGCCAGCCAGGCUGGGCCAGAGUGGAACCCCCAGGAUGUGCUGACCACAUCGGUCGCAAGAGACCCCUGCCCUGCUGCCCAGGAGCCACUCACACGUGAGGACAGAAGCCCCUUCCCCAUCAAGCUCCGGUCCACAUCUCUCUCUUUCAAACACAGAGAUGUGUCCUUGCCAGAAGUGAAAGGAAUCAAGAGGUAUAGUGCUGAGGUCAGGCUAGAAAAAGGAGGACCAACUCUGUUCUCGAAAGAUGACAAGUGUCAUAUGGGGCUGGCCCCCAGUAUUCGGGGAGCCAGGUCCCCCAAUGACCAGGGAAAGGGGAAGGCCCGGUCAUCUGAGCAGCUGGGCUCCAAGCCACCCCUGCCCAGGAAGCCGCUUCUGCAGGCCCUUACCCUCCCCUACCCGCCUUGGUCCCCUGAUGUCAGCCCCGGAGAGCUGGAGAAGGCCGUGCCACCCCCGGGCCCCAGAAAGGAGAGUCGGACAGUGGAAAAAAGGUUGCCCCACCGGGAAGCUGAGAAGGGUGUGCCUCCCACGGCAACGGGGCCUGGAGCGGAGGGCCCGCCUGGGCCACCCUGGAUCACCAUCACUCCACAAAAGUGGCGAGGAGCCCCAGAGCAGCCACCCCACCAGGAGGACAAGUGUGGGGCCCAGACCCUGAAGUCUGAAAUAGGAAAGCCAGCCAAGGCACCCGAAAGAAUCCAGGAACCCAUGAAGCAGGCUGACUUUGUCCGCAGCAAGUCUUUCCUGAUGGCCCCAGCUAAGCCCGCUGUGGACAGAAGGCAGGGGACCAAGCUCCACCUCCAGGAGGGGCUGCAAAGAGGGAUCUCUUUGUCCCAUCAGAACUUGGCAGCUCAGUCUGCAGUAAUGACGGAGAAGGAAUUACACCAGCUGAAGAGAGCCAGUUAUGCCAGUGCAGAGCAGCCCUCCUGGAUGGAACUUGCCAGAAAGAAAUCUCAAGCUUGGAGUGACAUGCCCCAAAUUAUAAAAUAGGUUGACAAUGUGCUGAUAAAAAAUGUCCACCACCUUGACAAGUCACUUAGUGAAAAAGUACCACUAAAGGCAAACAAACUGAAACUUAAGAGUGAUUUUUAUCUUCAGGUUAUGGGAGGGCAAGGCUCUGGAAGAACGAACCAAGCAAACAAGGAAGACAGACACACAGCUACAGUCUGGGCCAGCAGAUCCCAAAAACAAGAACACCAUUGAGAAGGGCCAGGAACAAGGCCCUGUGCCCAAAGGUAUAAAUGCGAGUCUUUCAGAACCCCUUGAUCAAAGGGGCCCCAACCAGGAAGAAAAAGGAAACCAAACAUGGAUGCAUAACUAGGACAGAGAGAACAUGUGUUUGCGCCUCCACCUAAGACCAGGUUGUGUGUCUGGUCCCCGUCCUGCUUGUGGAUCCUGUCUCCUCCACUCGUGUUCACUCGUGAGCGUGACGUUUUCGGUCAGUGGGGAUGCCGUUUCCAAGAAAAGCUGUAAAAGUCAGGUUUUCUGGAGAUACUCACUCUGCAAAGGAGCAGAAGGGACACAGCAGGGCACAUCAAUUCAUAGACUGUUUCCAAAACUAAUUUUUAAACUUUUCCACUAGGCAUCUGUGUCCUAAGCCAU